UCUUGUAUACUGCAAUAAGUGCAAAUCUCUAUACUCCGCAACAGCAGGCGGCGCUGUGCUGUUGAACCAUUUGUACAGAAGGAAAGGCUUCUCCACACAGGUUGUGUUACGCUAGCUCGCAGAGAUGGCGACGUCUUUGGGUUCCAACACUUAUAACAGACAAAAUUGGGAAGAUUCAGAUUUUCCCAUCCUCUGUCAAACAUGCUUGGGUGAAAACCCCUACAUCCGCAUGUCCAAAGAGAAAUAUGGCAAAGAGUGUAAGAUAUGUGCACGUCCCUUCACUGUGUUUCGCUGGUGUCCUGGGGUCCGGAUGCGCUUUAAAAAGACAGAGGUGUGUCAGACGUGCAGUAAAAUGAAGAAUGUGUGUCAGACAUGCCUUCUGGAUCUGGAAUUCGGCUUGCCAAUUCAGGUUCGAGACACAGGGCUGUCUGUUAAAGAUGAAGUACCAAGAUCAGACGUGAAUAAAGAGUAUUAUACUCAAAACAUGGAGAGAGAGAUAGCUAACUCCGAUGGCACAAGACCUGUGGGGCUUCUUGGUAAAGUACCCGGCCACAGUGAUAUGCUGCUUAAACUGGCUCGUACUUCCCCAUACUACAAGAGGAACAGACCACACAUAUGCUCCUUCUGGGUGAAGGGAGAGUGCAAGAGAGGAGAAGAGUGUCCUUAUAGGCACGAGAAGCCCACUGAUCCCGACGAUCCGCUGGCCGAUCAAAACAUUAAGGACCGUUACUAUGGCACCAAUGAUCCCGUAGCUGACAAACUUCUAAAGCGGGCCACCACCAUGCCCAGACUGGAUAUACCUGAUGACAAAUCCAUCACUACACUUUAUAUCGGAGGCCUGGGAGACGACGUCACAGACUCUGAGCUCAGAAAUCACUUCUACCAAUUUGGGGAGAUUCGUACCAUCACCAUCGUUCAACGGCAGCAGUGUGCAUUCAUCCAGUUUGCCACGCGACCGUCUGCAGAGACGGCAGCAGAGAAAUCCUUCAACAAACUUAUCAUCAACGGCCGGCGUCUUAAUGUUAAAUGGGGCAGGUCACAAGCAGCUCGAGGGAAGGAGAAAGACGGGCAAACGGAGAGUGGAAUCAUGCUGGAGCCAGUGCCUGGACUCCCUGGUGCUUUGCCCCCUCCUCCUUUGUCUGAUGAGGAUACCCCGGCCAACUAUUUUAACCUGGGACCGUCAAGCUCUCCUUCUGUCAUGAACUUCCAGGGACUUCCUCCUCCACCUGGGGUUGCCAUGCCUCCACCUCCUGGUUUCGGUCCUCCUAUGUACCACACCAUGGAUCCCAUGGGCCCACCAAUGCCCCCUCCAAUGGCCAUGAGGCCCCCCGGACAGGUGCACUAUCCUUCCCAGGAUCCUCAGCGGAUGGGCGCCCAUGCAAGUCGCCACGGAGGCCCAUAGAUGGUCAUACAGCUACCUCACUGUUCAGUGCGAAUAAAACAACCCAAGGUUAUGAUGUCGCCACUGGUAUUUUUGAAAUCUGUCUGUCAAUGAGUUGCAGGAGUGAGUUGGAUGGAAUGUGAUGGACAAGCAAGACAGCAAUUUUUUAGACAAUAGAAAAAUACCGGCAUCUUGGACGUUUUUUAUUAAUCUCAGUUUGGAUGUUUCUGAACUUUCGAUCUGUUGUAAAUGGUUUCUGUGUUCCUCAAGAUCUUUCUGACCUGUUACUGGAUUCUGUGUAUUAUAUAUUUAAUAUGAAAUGCAGACAUCAUGGCUUAGAUUAAGUUGCAAUGACCAAUAAUACCAAAGGGGGGCACUGUUGACCAUUACAGGGCACUGCCAACUUUUUUUACCCCAUUGAAAUAUUCCAAUAUACAGUUCUCACCAGUGUCCACCCCAUUUUCCUUUUUUCAUUUAGCAUGUAUCUGUUUUUAUAAUUGCAUAGAUCAAUGUGUUGACCCAAAGUGUUUUUUUAAAUAUACAACUGUCUUAUUGUUGUAAUUAGAAUAAAGAAGCUUCUCAUAUUUAACAAAACUAA